ACAUUUCUACGUAGAUGGAGACAACUGACGAGUGACAAGACUCGAGGGUGGAUAGUGGAUACUGGAUAGUUGAUUAACAAUAUUAACAUUCAACUAUUCAAGUGACAACUGACGAGUAUUCAACAAAGCAACACUUGAACGAUUAACAUUAACUCAGUAGUCAGUAGUUCAGUACUCACUACUCAGUAACCACUAGCCACUAACCAAACGACAAGCUCUGGAGGAUAAAUUUUAUUAGUGGUGUGGUGGUCUGUUCACUAUUGUCGUUUCACGAUUCGUUUAUACGUGCAUCUGAUAAAAAUACAAAAUUGAAAAUAUCACACAAUAAUAGAAAAAUGCUUGACAUUGAUGGAAAAACUCAUGAAAUGUUAAUAGACAAUUACAUUUCAAAUCUUAAAAUAAAGAAAUGGGAAAGUAAUUAUGUAAUUGCAGAAAAAACUGUUCAGCUUUUUAGGCAUUUUAUUGAUACAAUCAAUUGGUCAACGACUAUAGAAUUACUAAAUCAAUUGAGAGAAUAUGGAUUCCAAAUCACGUCAGCAUUACCACUACAAUUUAUUGUUGGUAAUAUUAUCAGACGUAUAUUAAACAUUGUUCGAGAAGAAUACACUGCUGCUCGAAAAAGCUCUGAAGAAGAAAUUGAUGUACAAGACUCAUUACAUAAAAUAGUUACAUCUGAAGAUGAUUUUGAUGACUAUAAUAGCAUUGUCCCUGAACUUAAAUUAUCAAUUUUUGAACAUUUAGAUGAAUUUCAAAUAGAGAUAGAAUCUAGUAAUGAAGAUAUUUCUAAACAAGCGCUUGAACAUAUUCAUUCUAAUGAAAUUAUUCUCACUGUUGGAAAAUCAUCUGAAGUUGAAAUGUUUUUAAAAGAAGCUGCUAAGGAUAGAAUUUUUGAAGUAUUCAUAACAGAAUGUUCUCCUUUAAAUCAUGGUAGACAAUUAGCAUUAAAUCUCUCAAAACAUAAGAUUCAGUCAACAUUAAUUCCAGACUCUACAAUGUUUGGCAUAAUGUCUAGAGUGAACAAAGUAAUUAUUGGAGUUGAUUCUGUUAUGGCUAAUGGAGGUCUUAGAACAUUCAAUGGAUGUCAUGCUGUUGCUUUAGCUGCAGCUCAUUACUCUGUUCCGGUAAUAGUUUUAGCACCAAUGUAUAAACUGAGUUCACGUUAUUUAUGUUCAUACAACCAGGAUGCAUUCAAUGAAUUUGUUUCACCAGCUGGUGUUCUGAAUUAUUCAGAUUCAGUAGUAUCAAAAGUUGAUGUUUACAAUCCUACAUAUGAUUAUGUCCCUCCAGAAAAUGUCACUCUAUUUAUUUCAAAUAAUGGUGGCCAUUCUCCUUCAUAUGUUUACAGAUUGUUAUCUGAAAUAUAUCAUCCACUUGAUUACGAUUUAUCUGUUCAAAACAAAUGAAAUAUUACUUCUCAAUGGUAUGUUAUUGUGUUAACAGUGAAUAUUGUAUGUUAAAAAAAAAAAAAAUAAUAACU